ACUACAUGUUGGGAAUUAAAGGGAAAAAAGAGGCUGAAGACCAGUGAGACCAUGUUGUGCUGUAAUUUACAAUUCGUUUUCUUCCUGUCCUCCAUCCUGACUGGAUUCGUAGCAUUUUACCUCUACCAUCCACUGCCAGAGGGAAUUGAAGAACCGUGGAAACUCCGGGCCUUACUUGGUCUGACCAAGUUUAGCCAGCAUAUGGCUCUGAUUGGAGAAAAGUUGGACAUCGAUAGCAGAGUGAACAUAAGUAGAGCGAACCAUCAGCGUCUGGUUCAGUUUCUUGACAAGUGGUUCCCCUGUGACGAGGAGAUACAGGUUGAGACACAGAAAUUCAGUGACAUUCCAGUGCGGCUCUUCACUCCACCAACUGAGAAGGAAAACAGGCCAGGCGUUGUCUAUGUUCAUGGAGGGACUUUUGUUUAUAGCAGCGCUGGUGCCUAUGAUUGCUUUGCGAAGAGCCUUGCAAAAGGAUUGGAUGCAGUCGUUGUAUCAGUAGACUACAGUCUCGCCCCAGAAGCUAAAUUUCCCAAACCAUUCCAAGAGAGCGAGAAUGCCACCAGACAUUUCCUGAAGAACUUAAAACUCUUUGGUGUGGAUCCCACCAAAGUGCUCCUAAUCGGUGACGAAGUAGGCGCGAACCACGUGGCCGCCAUCUCUCAGAAACUGCGGACAUUCACGCAUCUACCUCAACCUCGUCUCCAGGUCUUAAUCACACCAUUCCUUCAACUCAUGGACCUCAACCUCCCGUCGUACGCUCAACAUGAAAACGUCUCGAAGACAUUUUCCCGCACGCGUUUCAAUGUCGAGUCAGCGCUUAUGUAUAUGAACUUUGAUCCGAAUGUUGCACACUUGGUCAUGGAUAAUGCCCACACAUCUCCUGAGCUCAAAGAAGCGUACUCAUUUCUUGUCGAUCAUCACCAGAUUCCUGUAAAAUAUCGCGAACAUUUCACCCCCAUGCCACGGGAUUUUGGAAACCCGCAUUUAUCCGAUCAGUUUUCAAACUUUGUCUUGCAUCCAUACUGUUUUCCUCUCAUGCAAAAGCAUUUGCAAGGUUUGCCAAAGGCGUAUGUUAUUGUCGCUGAGCACGACACGCUGCGUGACGAUGGCAUGAUUUAUGCCCACCGUAUGAGACAAGGUGGCAGCAAGGCAUUGCUAAAACAUUACAAAACAGGAUUUCAUGGUAUGAUGUAUCAUAAAGGUACAUUUAAUGUCGGACAAUUAGCAUUUGAUGAAAUGAUUGAAUUUGUUAAGAAGGAUUUAAAUUUAAUGUAAUAAUAGAUCUGCAUUUAGGUAGUUAUCUUUGCCACAUUUACUUUUUGUACGUGUACAUUAUUUUGAUUUCCCAGCCACAUUAUGUUUCCAAAAUAUAACAGUAUUACUAGUGUAACAUGAACUCUUAGGCAGUUUAUAUGGCAUUCUCCAAAUGAUGCAUUUACACAUGCUUCCAUUUUGGAACAUUUAUUCCUGGUAUAAUGGAAAUUUCAUUUUGAUUAUGUCUCUCUUGUCUCUUGGGACCCUUCGUGCCCUAGGUGGCACAUGGGGCGUUCCCCAGGGUCCUCCACUCAAGUCUGUUGGCUGCUCGCUGUCUGGCUGCCUCCCACGUUAGGCCCUUCUCUUGAAGUUCCUUUGCCAUGGAACGCCACCAGGUCUCUCUUGGUCUGCCUCUAUUCCGUCUCCCCUGUGGUGUCCAUGUGAGUGCUCUCCUUGGCAAUGCGUUUGCAGGCAUUCGGAGCACAUGGCCCAACCAUUGCCAUCUUCGUUCCUUCACCAAUUCUAAUAUGGGCUUCAGGUUAGCGUCUCUCAGUAGGUCUUCGUUACUGAUUGUCCUUGGCCAGUAGAUGCCUCGGAUUCUCCUUUGAUUAUGUAGUAUGCACAAAUGAUCUCAAAUGUAUUUUGUGAUUGAUAGCUUAUAGAAUAAAUGAUUUUGAUGCUUUUGUA